CUAGAACAACACCAAACCAGUAAUUCAAAUCCAUCUACAUUGAUUCAAAACCCUCGACUCUUCAUCUAAUUGAACGAUAAAUAAAAGUCCCUCAACGAAAGUUCACUUGUUCACUGUCACUCAAUUCAGCAAAAAACAAAAUGGGCGCCAGUCGCAAGUUACAAGGCGAGAUCGAUCGAGUGCUCAAGAAGGUUCAAGAAGGUGUCGAUGUCUUCGAUAGUAUCUGGAACAAGGUAUAUGAUACAGACAAUGCAAACCAGAAGGAGAAGUUUGAGGCUGACUUGAAGAAGGAGAUCAAGAAGCUGCAGAGGUACCGUGAUCAGAUAAAGACAUGGAUUCAGUCUAGCGAGAUCAAGGAUAAGAAAGUCAGUGCCUCUUAUGAGCAGGCUCUGGUGGAUGCUCGUAAGCUUAUUGAGCGUGAAAUGGAAAGAUUUAAGAUAUGUGAAAAGGAAACUAAGACAAAAGCAUUUUCUAAAGAAGGCUUGGGACAGCAACCGAAAACUGAUCCAAAGGAGAAGGCCAAGGCAGAGACAAGGGAUUGGUUGAAUAAUGUGGUUUCGGAGUUGGAAUCCCAGAUCGAUAAUUUUGAAGCAGAAAUGGAAGGGCUAACUGUGAAGAAAGGAAAGACAAGGCCACCCAGAUUGACACAUUUAGAGACUUCUAUUACACGGCACAAAGCUCAUAUUAUGAAGUUAGAAUUGAUCUUGAGGCUACUAGAUAAUGAUGAACUGAGUCCAGAGCAGGUCAAUGACGUUAAAGACUUCUUGGAUGACUAUGUGGAACGUAAUCAGGAGGAUUUUGAAGAAUUCAGCGAUGUUGAUGAGCUUUACAACACAUUACCACUAGACAAGGUGGAAUCCCUUGAAGAUUUGGUUAUAAUUGGUCCUCCAGGUCUUGUUAAGGGUGCUCCAGCUCUUAGCUUGAAGACUUCCUUGGCUGCAUCAGCAUCUCAAAUGCCUGCUACUGUCACUUCCACGCUUCAGCAGGGUACUUCUGUCCCGGAACAAGUUGAAGAUACAACUUCCCAGGAUAGUAAUUCAGAAUUAGUUGCAAGAACACCGCCGUCAAAAAGUAGUGGAAUUAGUUCUUCAACUGCAUCAACUCCAGCUGUUGGUCAAACAACUCCCAUUGCCAUCAGUGUCCCAGCUCAUAACUUGUCAAGUGUGUCAAAUGCUUCAGCUGUACUUUCAAGUUCAAGUUCUGUUCGAGGUGUAUUGGAUAACACAAGUGCCAUCAGUUCUUCACCUCCUGUAAAUCUGACAAAUCCUUCUAAGGAAGAAGAUAUUGUGAACUUCCCAGGCCGUAGAUCAUCUCCAUCCCUUGCAGAUGUAAGGGGCAUUGGAAGAGGUAGCCUCUCCAGCCAACCUUCAUCUAGCAUACCUCUUAGUUCUGCCACUGCAGUUCCUAGCAAUGGAAGCCUUGGCUCAGUUCCUUCAGUCUCGGAUAUGACUAAGAGAAAUAUUUUGGGAGCUGAUGAAAGACUUGGCAGUAGUGGCAUGGCACAAUCUCUGGUUUCCCCACUUAGUAACCGAAUGAUGUUGUCUCAGGCUGCCAAGGGUAAUGAUGGAACUGGAUCAGUUGAUUCCAAUAAUGCUGGAGAGAGUAUGUCAAUAGGUAGCAGAGUUUUCUCUCCUUCAGUAAGCAUGCAAUGGAGGCCUGGAAGUUCCUUUCAAAACCAGAAUGAACCGGGGCAGUUUCGUGGAAGAACUGAAAUUACACCUGAUCAGAGAGAGAAGUUCUUGCAACGGCUCCAACAAGUGCAGCAACAAAAUCACAGUACCCUUCUUGGCAUUGGUGGUGGAAAUAAUAAGCAGUUUCCUCCCCAACAACAAAACCCACUGUUGCAGCAGUUUUCUCCAAACUCAUCCAUGUCUCCUCAACCUGGUCUGGGACUUGGGGUUCAGGCACCAGUACUUAAUACGGUUACACCUGCCAGCUUGCAACAGCAGCCAAAUUCUAUCCAUCAACAAUCCAGUCAACAGGCAUUGAUGCCUAGUGGUCAGAAAGAUGCAGAUGUUGGUCACUUGAAAGUUGAGGAGCAGCAGCAACAACAGAAUUUACCCGAGGAAUCAACUGUUGAAUCUGCUCCUAGUCCUGGACUUGGCAAGAAUCUUAUGAAUGAGGAUGAUCUCAAAGUUUCAUAUGCAAUGGAUUCUCCUGCAGGAGUGUCUGGCUCUUUGACAGAGCCUGCUCAAGUAGUUAGAGAGAUUGAUUUAUCUCCUGGGCAACCCUUACAGUCCAGCCAGCCUUCUGGUGGCCUCGGUGUUAUUGGUCGGAGAAGUGUUUCUGAUCUUGGUGCUAUUGGCGAUAGUUUGAGUGGUUCAACUGUGAAUUCUGGAGCAAUGCACGAUCAGAUGUAUAAUUUGAAGAUGCUUGAGUCUGCAUUUUAUAAACUUCCACAACCAAAGGACUCAGAGCGUGCCAGGAGCUACAUUCCUAGGCACCCUGCAGUGACGCCUCAUUACUAUCCUCAAGUUCAGGCACCUAUUGUGAAUAAUCCAGCCUUUUGGGAGCGAAUGUCACUGGAUAGUUUUGGUACUGAUACACUGUUCUUUGCAUUCUACUAUCAGCAGAACACAUACCAACAAUAUUUGGCUGCAAAAGAGCUAAAAAAGCAAUCUUGGAGGUACCACAGAAAAUACAAUACAUGGUUCCAACGGCAUGAGGAGCCAAAAGUUGCUACUGAUGAAUAUGAACAAGGGACUUAUGUGUACUUUGAUUUUCAUAUUGCCAAUGAUGAUCUCCAACAUGGAUGGUGUCAAAGAAUUAAGACGGAGUUCACUUUUGAGUACAACUAUCUUGAAGAUGAGCUAUAGACAGUGUGCAGAAGAUGGUACCAGAACCAGAUUGAUUUGGCCUAGCAAUGAAAUUAUCAUCGGUACAAUUUGUAUUGGUGAUGCUGUGCCUCUUAAUGGAAUAUGAAUUGUUAGGCUAACUGUUCCAUAUCCAGUUUUUACCGUUGUUGAUAGUAGCGACUUUUUUUUUUUUAAUUAUUAAUGACCAAUUAAGAAUAUUAAUUGCAUUUUCCCCGUUCAUUGUCAUAUAAAUAAAUAGACUGCUUGCAAAAAAUUUAUUUAUGUCCGCAAAAUGUUUCCAGUGUU